UUCUUUCACGCACGCUCAUUCAAACAACGGAUCCGGUGGCGUCGUCUGGCGUCGCGAGCGGUUUCCUCCCGCUUAUUUGCUGAACUUGUUUGUGAUUUCGGUGUUUUUGUUUUGUUGCGUUGUCUUUUAACUGUACCUCCGCCAUGCACGAAACGCGGAAAAGAACACACUUGCCGAACGAUUCUGCCAUCAACUCAUCGCAGCAGGCAAAGCGGCACCGGACAGAUGAUGGCAACAACAACAACAGUCGCACAGCGACGGAAGGCAACCAGACGAUUGCCGGGACGCAGACGGAACAGCCCGAGAUGGUGCGCAACGGCAAGGUGCUAAAGAUAGUGCUGAAGAACUUUAUGUGCCACCGGCAUUUGGCGGUAGAGUUUAACAAGCGCGCCAACCUGUUGGUCGGCAAGAAUGGCAGCGGAAAAAGUGCCAUACUGGCCGCCCUCACCAUCGGGCUUGGUUGCAACGCGGGACAGACGAAUCGGUGCAACAGUUUGAAGGAUUUGAUCAAGCACGGCGAAUCGCAGGCCGUGAUCGAGAUCCACCUCGAAAACACAUGCUUCGACGCGUACGAAAGGGAACGGUACGGAAGGCGCAUCAUCUGCGAGCGCACGAUCCAAGCGUCCGGUGCUGGGGCGUACAAGCUGAAGAACGAGCACGGCCACGUGGUAACGACGAGCCGGGCCGAGCUGCUGAAAGUGCUGCUCGCGUUCAACAUCCAGGUGGACAACCCGAUCUGCGUGCUGAAUCAAGAUUUGGCCCGUUCGCUGUUGAAAGAUUCGGACGAAAGCAAACAGUACACGUUCUUCUCGAAAGCGACGCAGAUCGAUAGCAUCAAGCAGAAGCUGAACGAUUGUGCCACGAUCGCCAAGCAGGCCCGCAACGUGUUGUCGGUGAAAGAGAAGAGCCUAAAGUAUCUAUCCGACGAGAUUGAGUUGCUGGAGGAAAAGCAGGCGAAUCUCGAAUCGGCCGGAAGGUUGGGCGAGCUGAUGGGCGAACUGCAAGCGCAUCUGGCUUGGCGUGUCGCGUUCGAUCAGGAGCAGCAGCUGGCGGCCGUGGACGAUGAGCUGAAAAAGUUACAGUCGUCGAUCGAAGAGCAGGAGCAUCGGAUACGCAACCGGGAAUCGUUGGUAGCCGAUACGGAGCGAAUGAUUCAGUCGCAUCGGAUCGACAUCGAGGCCAAGAAGACAGAGUACGUUGCGCUGAAGGAAGCGUACGCGUCCGUCCGUCGGACGCACCAGGACGCGUUGACGCAGCAGGCUGCCGUGGAGCGGAGCAUACGGAAUGGCAAGGAACGCAUCGGCAGGCUGCUGGGCGAUAUCAAGCAGAUCGAGCAGGACUUGCAGCAACGGGACCAUGACGGACUCAGCCAGGUGGAGCAAAAGAAGAAGCAGGUGGAGACGGAAAAGGCGCAGCUCACCGAACGCAACGAGGAGCUAACGUCUAUGAUCGCAAAUGCCCAGCGCGAGGUGGACAUGAUGUACAACACGGUGGCCCACAUAAAGGAGGCACAGGAGGAGAAGCAUCACGAACGGUUGGCCAAGCAAAACGAAACGUCCCGCAUCGAGAAGCAGCUCGAGCAGUUCGAGUCGGCACCGCGCAGCAAGUUGGCCGUGUACGGGACUAAUAUGCCAGCGCUCGACGCACGCAUUCGGCAGCUGCACCAGCAGGGCAAGUUUUCCGAGCUACCGCGUGGUCCGCUCGGCCAGUACAUCGAGGUGCGGAACAAAAAGUGGAGCGCCAUCGUCGAAACCGCACUCGGCGGCUGUCUGUCGGCGUUCUUCGUCGCGACGCAGGAAGAUUGGCGCACGCUCGACGCGCUGCUGAAGCGUGAGUUUCCCGACCUGCAGAACCGAACCAUCUUUACCGGCCGGUUCGUGAAGGAGCUGUACGAUGUGCGGAAGGCGUGCGUGCAGGAGCAGGACGGGACGCAUCUGCUGAUGAACCUGAUCAAGGUGAACGAUCCGGUGGUGAUGAAUCGGUUGAUCGACAGCGCAGCGAUCGACACCAUCCUCGUGUCCGAGCAUCAGGCCACCGCAAUACAGCUGACGAGCGAGAUCGAGAAUGUGCCGCAGAACCUGAGCAAGGUGAUCGUGGCGGAACCGUGCUCGGAGUUUUUCCCCCAGCCCAAGUAUCGGUCGUACGGGUUGCAGCAGAAACCGCCGCGCUAUCUGCAGGUCAGCCUGGACGAGCUGAAGCGCCACACGCAGCACCGCAAAGAGCAGCUGCAGCGCGAGGUGGUCGAGCUGAAAGCGGUGUACGAUAGGGAGACCGAACGGUUGCAGGAGCUGAUGCGCAAGCUGCACCAGCAGCAGCAACACCGCCAGAAGCUGCAGCGCGAGCUGCUAGCAAACGAGCAGCAGCUGCAGCAGCUGGCCACGGUCGUGUUCGAGGGAGAGACGGAGGAGGCUACGCUGAAGGCGGAACUCGAACAUUCCCGGUCGAUGAUAGGCAAGCUGGAGGGUGGCAUCAGGGACGAGCAGGCCAAGCUGGACGACAUACGGAAGACGGUGCAGGAGCACGAGCAGCAGGUGCAGGAGAAGAAAAAUGCCAUGUCUGCGAUCGAGGCGGAAAUCGCUCGCAUCCAGCACCGGGUCGACGAGGAGCAACGGAAGCGGCACGAUCUGCAAACGAACCACAAGGUGAAGCGGCAAGCGCUGGAUCGUGCCACGGAAAAUAUGCGCGAACGCAAGCAGACCCGGGUGGCGCUAAAGACGGCGGUGGAACAGGCGGUGCAGGAAGCACUUGCCAAAGCCGAACGGCCGAACGACCCGGCCGCGAUCCAAUCGGUCGAUCAGUUGAAAAGAAAGAUUCAUUCCACCGACAAACGGAUCCGGCAGAUAAAUGCGACCCAGGAAAGGCUGGAGGACGUCCGGGAUGAGCUGGAAAGCAAAACGCGCGAACGGGACGACGUGAUCCGGUACGCGACAGCACUCCGCAACAUAACGACACUGAUGAAUGACAUCCGCAAGUCGCGGUUCAACUAUCUGUGCCAUCUGACCUCACACAUGUCGCUGCGUGUGAAGCAUAAGUUUAUGAGAAUCAUGCAAAUUCGCAACUACGUCGGUUCGAUCAAGUUCGACCAGGAGCAGUGUAAGCUGGCCCUGUCGGUUGUGCCACGGGACAGUAACAUCCAGAAUGCCGUUUCGACCACGAAAUCUUUGUCCGGUGGGGAACGGUCGUACGCGACCGUUGCCUUCCUGAUUUCGCUCUGGUCGUGCGUGGACACACCGUUCUUCUUUCUGGACGAGUACGACGUGUUUACCGAUCAGGUGAACCGACACACCAUUACGCGCCUGCUGCUGAACGAGGCAAGCAAAAAACCGGACCGCCAGUUUUGCUUCCUCACGCCGCAGGACAUGAGCGAGGUGAAGGCAACGGAGGAUUUGACCAUCCAUCGCAUGGAAGACCCGCAACGGUGUUGAUGGCAGUAUCGAAUGUGCUGUGGAACAGCAUCAGGGUUUUGUUUACCGUGGCAAAAAGUAGUGAUUAAUAGGUAGGGAUAAAUACCCUUCGAAGCAAACUCUAUCGGUUUGUCAGCGCUAGCCAGGCCGCUGUAUGUUGGAAUAGAGCUAGCCAGAGUACGUGCGGAAGAUUGUUCAGUUCUUGACCAGCGUUUUGUUCUAUGGUGUUGACGUCGUUAAAUAAAUCAUCCCUUAGAAUAUGUUGCAA